AUGUCAUUCUCGGGUGAUUCUCAUCACAAAGCCCGAGACAUGCCCUCCUCUCCGCAAGUUGCAGAGCAUAAUGAUGCUCGUAGCGUCCAAGAAUCGCCAGACCGAUGCAGUUCUAUCGUUGACGCAGAGCAGUCAGCGGGUGUUGCGAGAAUCGAGGCCAUCAAUGAAGUCCUCACAAGAACGGAUCGGCUCUUCCUUUUCAUCGGUGUGUUUCUCAUCGCGUACGCCUAUGGGUUGGAUGGCACUGUUCGAUAUACGUACCAGACCACCGCCACUGCCUCGAUGGGCCAUCAUUCUCUGCUGGCCACAAUCAACACGCUUCGCGCCGUCAUCGCCGCCGCCGCCCAGCCAACUGCUGCCAAAAUCGCCGAUGUCGUCGGUCGUCUAGAACUCGUCUUUGUCAGCGUGGUCUUCUAUGUUGUCGGAACCGUUAUUGAAGCGUGUGCGACAAAUAUCGACACUUUUGCUGGCGGUUCAGUCCUCUACCAGAUCGGCUACACAUGCGUCCUAUUGUUGGUGGAAGUGAUUAUUGCCGACAUUACCUCCCUACGAGCUCGACUAUUCUUCAGCUACAUUCCUGCACUACCAUUCUUGGUGAACACCUGGAUCAGCGGCAAUGUCACUUCGGCCGUGUUGGGCGCGACGACCUGGAAAUGGGGUAUCGGGAUGUGGUGCAUAAUUUACCCAGUCUGUGCACUGCCGCUGAUGAUAUCUCUUUCCUUUGUAGGCCGACGUGCGCGCCAAGCCGGUGUCCUGGAGAAGUACAAAACGCCUUACCAGAUGAUGGGGGCGAGGCGACUGACACGGGAGCUCUUCUGGGCCCUGGACAUUCCGGGAAUCAUCCUGUUGAUUGCGGUUUUCGCUCUUAUUCUGGUGCCGCUGACCAUUGCUGGAGGAUCAACUUCGUCGUGGGGCACCGCACAUGUUAUUGCGCCUCUUGUCAUUGGCCUUCUCGGCAUUCCGGUCUUCGUCUGGUGGCAACUGAGGGCACCUCGGCCGCUCGUUCCCUUCCACCUUCUCAGAGACCGCGGCGUUUGGGGGGCAUUAGGAAUCGCCUGCACCUUAAAUUUCGCUUGGUACAUGCAAGGCGACUAUCUCUACACAGUCCUCAUCGUUGCUUUUGACUGCACUAUUAUGGGCGCCACCCGAAUCACUUCCUUGUAUAGUUUCUCAUCUGUGGUCACCGGCUUCCUUCUGGGAAUGGUGGUUUACAAGGUCAGACGCCUGAAAUGGUUCAUCGUCGCCGGAACCUGUCUCUUUAUGGUUGCGUUCGGGCUUCUCAUUCACUACCGUGGGUCUCCCAGCUCAGCUGGCCAGUCGGGCGUCAUUGGCGCACAGGUCCUCUUGGGAAUUGCUGGAGGCAUGUUCCCAUAUCCGGCCCAGGCCUCGAUCCAAGCUGCAACCAAACACGAGCACGUUGCGGUCAUCACUGGUCUGUAUCUGGCCACCUACAACAUCGGGUCUGCUUUUGGGGUGGCGAUCUCUGGGACGAUCUGGACCCACGUCCUCCCAUCGAGGCUCGAAACCAACUUGGCGCCAUUUGGAAAUUCGACCUUGGCGGCUGCGACCUAUGCCGAUCCAUUCACAGUUGCGUAUGAAUAUCCGGUAGGCACGCCUGUGCGAACGGCCAUCAUCGCCGCGUACCAACAUUCGCAGAGAUUACUCUGUAUCACGGGAAUCUGUCUCUGUUCGCUCCUAAUCGCGUUUGCAUUCUGUCUCCGAAACCCUAGGUUGGGUGACGAACAGAGUUUGCCUGAAGCGGAAGAAGACGUGGUUCGUUGA